CGCUUACGGAAUGCUUGCUGGAACGGGGAAGAUGAAGUUGUGUAUGGGUCAGGACAGCUGACCUGCACCCAACCCGCCUUCAUUUCUGCUUUGCCCCGAUUUUGAGCGGAUGGGUAGAGAGGCUUACAGCAGAGAGAGCAAGCGACUACAGCGAGUCUGUUUUAGUAAACACGGAAAGCGGGGAGCUAGCGAGGAAGCUAAUGUUAGCUUGCUACCUAGCCAGUGGCUAACGUAGAUUAGCAAGGCGAGUGUUAAUCAGUAGCCGGGUUUGGUGCUCUGCAGCUCGGCCUUACUGAUCUACAGCUGACCGGUGACAGGUGGAGCGUUAGGAUGAGUGAACCGGGGCAGGACAGCGAGCCUGAGGCCAAAGUGCUUCACAUCAAGCGCCUGUACAGGGCUGUAGUGGAAUCUGUGCACAAACUGGAUGUGAUCAUCGCCUGUAAAUCUUCAUACAGAGAAGUGUUCAAACCAGAGAACAUCAGUCUGAGGAACAAGCUGCGUGAGCUGUGCGUAAAGCUGAUGUUCCUGCACCCGGUCGACUAUGGGCGCAAGGCAGAGGAGUUGCUAUGGAGGAAGGUCUACUACGAGGUCAUCCAGGUCAUCAAGACCAACAAAAAGCACAUCCACAGCCACAGUGCUCUAGAAUGUGCCUACAGGACCCACCUGAUUGCUGGAGUGGGCUUCUACCAGCAUCUCCUGCUCUAUAUCCAGUCCCACUACCAGCUGGAGCUGCAGGACUGCAUCGACUGGACACACGUCACUGACCCGCUCAUUGCUCCUAAGAAGCCUGUGUCUGCCACACCAAAGGAAAUGGAAUGGGCACAGAUGGCGUGUCAUCGAUGUCUAGUGUAUUUGGGUGACCUUGCGCGCUAUCAGAAUGAACUGGCGGGUGUGGAGGCUGAGCAACUGGCUGAGCGCUUCUACCACCAGGCCCUGUCUGUUUCACCUCAUAUUGGAAUGCCUUUUAAUCAGCUUGGUACACUGUCUGGAAGUAAAUUUUAUAAUGUGGAAGCUACAUACUACUACCUGCGCUGUAUUCAGUCGGAGACUCCCUUUGAAGGAGCCUACGGAAACCUGAAGCGGCUGUUUGACAAAGCAGCCAAGAUGUACCACCAGGUGAAAAAACAAGAGAUCAAGAAACCCUCUUCCUCACGCCAGAGAUCAAAAGACAUUAAACACCUUCUGGUGAGCUUCAUGUAUCUUCAGAGUUUUCUCCAACCCAAGAACAGUGUGAUGGAGACUGAGCUGACUUCACUUUGCCAGUCCGUACUUGAGGAUUUUAACUUGGUGCUGUUUUACCAGCCCACACCAAGCAAUGGCAGCCAGUCCGUCAACGAGGAAGAGGAUGAGCACGAUCAGUCCUGCACCGUACUGCCUGACAGCUUAGUCUUUAAAAUGGUGGUAAUUUGCCUAAUGGUGGUACACAGCCUAAAAAGAGGAGGUUCGAAGCAGUAUAGCGCCUCAAUAGCCUUUACGCUUGCACUUUUUUCACAUCUUGUAAACCAUGUAAAUAUUCGGCUACAAGCCGAGCUGGAGCAAGGAGAGAGUGAGGUUCCUCCAUUACAGCCUGACAUCGCAGAUGAAGCUGAUGCCAUGGAUCAGGUAACCACGCUUCCCUCAGCGGAACGACCCCUCCAAAAUGGUUCCCUCGAAGAGGAUGACGAAUAUGACGAGAAUGACGAAGACGAGAAGACUGCAGCAUCUCCUAAGAAAGACUCUGUGAAGAAAGGAAGCACAGAGAAGCCAAAACCAAAAAGGAAAUACUCUCGCUUGUCCAUGCUGCGCCGGCGGCGAUGUGCUCGCGGCGAGGACGAGAGCGAUCUGAGCGAGGGCUUCGAAAGUGACGAAGAUGAGGACGAAGAUCCUCAAAGACCUGACGGCCAGGGUGUCCCAGCAAACUCUGUGGGAAAAGAGGGGCAGAGGGAUGCCCCGGGUGAGCGGGCUUGGGAAAGUGGUUCUGAGGAGGAGGGUGGCACGGCCUUUGAUGUUGAAACCGACUCUGACAUGAACAGCCAGGAGUCGCGCUCGGACCUGGAAGACAUGGAAGAUGCGGCGAGCCCGGAGCAGCAACAGGAGGAGGAGGGCGAGGUGAGGACGCGUCCAUCCCGGAACGAAGGUGCCACACCACCUGCCACCAACGGUCCCCUGCUGUCCACCGAUCCCAGCAUCAGCAGCAACCUGCAGGCCAUGUCUUCUCAACUGUUCCAGUCCAAGCGCUGCUUCCGUCUGGCACCCACUUUCAGCAACGUUCUGUUAAGACCCUCAAACGCUUCAACCCCAACCCCUGACUCAGAUCCUGCCCCUACGCCAGAAUCCACCCCCACUCCUAAGGACACACUCAGUAACAUGAGUACAGAAAUUGUUAAUGGAACAAAUGAUGAUGAUGCUGAGUCGGUGGACAGUGAGCACAGCAAUCAGUCAUAUCACAGUGAGAAAACACUAUCAGAGAAACUAGAUAUCCUCACUAACCAAGGGCUCAUUCAGGUGGUAAAGGUCUUCUUGGACUGGUUGAGGACAAACACAGACAUCAUUCUCAUGUGUGCACAGAGUUCUCAGAGCUUGUGGAAUCGCCUUUCUGUGCUGCUGAAUUUGCUGCCUGAUGGGAAAAAAGUUUUGGAAGCAGAUCUGGGGCUGAAGACGGAGGUCAGAGAGCUGCUGACCCAGAGUGAGCAGCCGGAUAUGGUCCAGACGGUUUUGCUCCCGGAAGACCAGGCGCUCCGACACCUGCCCGCUCUUAACCUUGCACAUCGGCGCCUUGAUUUUACUCGCCACAGGGCUAGCCUAAGCCCACUGCAGGAGUGUGUGGUGCGCUUGUGUUGCAUUCGCAGCUUCGGCCACUUUCUCACCAGUCUCCAAGGCAAUGUGCUGCAUUUCAAUCCAGAGGCCGGCAUUUUUACCAGCAUCAGCCAAUCAGAACAGGAGAACAUGGUUCAGCAGGCGAAGGCCCAGUUCCGCAUGGCUGAAGAGGAGGCGCGCAGGAACAGGCUGAUGAGGGACAUGGCACAACUGCGUCUGCAGUUGGAGGUGUCACAGCUGGAGGGCAGUCUUCAGCAGCCCAAGGCCCAGUCAUCCAUGUCUCCGUACUUAGUGCCCGACACUGGCGCUCUGUGCCAGCACCUGAACCUGCUGAGACAUCUGGCAGCCAGUGGCUGCUUUAUCAUCAUAAUUCCUCGCACAGUAAUUGAUGGACUUGACGUCCUGAAGAAGGAACAACCUGGUGCGAGAGACAGCAUCCGAUUUUUGGAAUCUGAGUUUCGAAAGGGGAAUCGAUAUAUUCGCUGUCAGAAAGAGUCUGGGCGGAGCUUUGAGAGGGAUAAGCUGAAACGACAGGACAUUGAAGCCUGGCACCUUUACAAAAUGGUUGAUAGCUGCCGCCAGCUGACGGGCUUUCAGAGUGGAGGAGAUGAGGACACAGCGGGCAUGGUGACCAUCCUGACGGCACACACAGUCGAGGAACUGGCAGACCGAUCCGCUCCCAUGAAGUUGGCCAUUCAGGCGGUGGCGUCGGCGGGGAUGGAGCUGAAGAACAUUGUGGAGUUCUACCAGCAGUGGAAGGAAAUGGGCUGAAGGAGACCGAGGGACAGGGGACCAGCCCGGCACUCAGCUAAUCACACAUCAGCUCCCUCUCUCUUUCUCUGUCUCGACCAUUUUAUCGCUCUGUCUGUGUGUAAACAUUGAGAACGUAGAGAAGGAGAGAUGGAGGCUGUGUAACUGUUCAGAGAAAGGAAAGGUCAGAAGCGUCCUCGAGCCCAACAAAGAACGCAAACUCCCAAAAGGGUUGAAGUUAGAGAUGCAACACUGUAUAAGUGAGCCUGGUUUAAUCACAACCAGAAAAAAUGAGUGAAUGUAUCGAGAGAAACACACACAAGUGCGCACGCCAGAGCACACACACACACACACACACACAAGAUAAAUCCAUACAUACAUAUAUAAAUAGAUCAAAGUUCUGACUUUUGAUUUCCUUUUUUCCUGUGUUCUUGUUGGGAGAUUUGUGUCUGUCUGUGUUUAGUGGGACGACGAUAACCAGCGAGCAGACAUUUCAUCCCUGACUUCAUUCAUAUCUGUAUCUGGUAUCUGCAAAGAAACUCCUGGAUCAAAGAUUCACAAAGGACUCACUCAAUAGACGCACUUAAGAUUCACUCAGUAGACGCACACUUGUUUUGGAUACUUUUCUUUGCUAUGUGGCUGCUUAUUUGCUGUGUUUUUGUGAUUAAGGUAUCGUGAUUAUCUGUUCAUGCAGACAUGAUGUAAAGAUGUAAAGGAAGAUGGUUGGUUUUAUUUGAUUUUAUUUUUCUAUGUCGUCAUGUGUUCUUGCCUUCGAAUGCUGUGCUGAUUUCGGGAGUGACUGGAACGGGCUCAGUGCCUUGUAGAGGUCUAGAUGUUUCCGAUCUUUCUUCCUCUGGUUUCGUUUGCUGUUUAGAAUGUGGUUCAGCACAAAUGAGGAUGGGGCUCACCUUCAUCUGGCCCUGAUUUCUCAGCUCCCACGUUAAUCACUAACGUGUGAAAGUAGUUCUGUUUAACCCAAAACAUGAACUCUGGUUGUUUACCAUCACAGCGCCAUAGUCAUCGUCCCACAUUACAUAGCGCAAAGAAAAGUGAUGGAUGUGUGAGGCCAUGCAUAAAAUAAUUAAAGCAAAACAACGUUCAUCAAA